CUCCGGGGCGACGCGUGGGGCUGGCGAGGCGGCCGCUGCUGCCGCUGCUGCUGCUGCUGCCGCCCCGCCAUGGGCCGCAAGCGGUCCAAGUCCGACCGGGGGUCGCUGGUGUCCGGCCUGGCGAGCUGGGAGCCCGCGCUGGUGUCCGCCCGCCUCGAGGAGGAUGCCUGGAAGCCUAGCAUCACUUUCAUUAUUGGCACCAAGGUUGAGGAUGAAAUCCACACUCAGGCCCUGGCUCUUGCUGUGCAGUUGCCACUGCGCAAGCUCUUCAGUGUGGUAACGCGUGAAGACAUUUACAGACAGAUUGCAGAAUCUGGGGGUCAAAAAGGAAAAAAGGCUAAGGAUGCACCUAUGUACUAUGAGGUGAUGGAAUUAGCCAAGGCCUUUCUGGAGCAGGGUGAAGAAAUUCCUGUAACACUAACUGGAAAGCUAUUGAAAUUUCAAUUGCUUUGUCUCAAACAGAAGGACCUUCAAAGAAGAGAAGAGGAAAAUAAGGCAGAACAUCAGCAAAAAGAGAAAGAAAAAGAAAAAGCUAAACCUUCUGAAAAGACAUCUGGAAAAGAUAGCAAAGGAAAAAAGUCAGUGGCACUACCCCCUGUUAAAAAGGACACUAAAUUGAAACAACGGGGAGAAGUGGAAGUGAAAGACAAUUACAUUGAUGAUGAACCAGAUGAUGGUGCUCAUCAUUACUUUAUCAUUCUGGGUUUCGCCAGUCUUCAGUUGUUGCCUGUCUUGACUGACCUUGGGAUUAACAUUUCAAGUGUAAUUCAGAUUUCUUCUGAAAAUUACAAGCCAUUGCAGAUAUACUUAGAAGCAACUAAACUUAAAGGACAAACUUCAAUUUCACCUGAAGAUGUAGAAGAAGAGAAAAGAAAGGAAGAUGAAGCUAACAAAGACCUGGAAACAUUUUGGAAAUUCCUGGAGCCUGUUCUGAACAGUGGAAAGCAUGGGUCAAGUCUCUUUGAAGUUGCCAGGCUUCAUUAUGUAGUUAAGGAAAGUGACUUUCCACCUGAUUGGUCAGACAGUGAAAUGCUGCUUGCAUUUGGUACUGUGCUGUUUGAACACAUCGCUUGUUUGAUGUAUGACUGCCUGGACUGGAGAAGACAGCAUUGCAACUACUUGGAAAACACCAAGUUUAUUAAUGUGCCUAUGUUAUCAGAGAGCAAAUCAGCACAAUCUUCUGCAGUUGAAGAACAUCCAGCAUCACCGAUAACACGUACAAAGAAAAAAGGGAAACCAGAAGAAAUUCUGCCAACAGUAGUUUUUUCAGAGGCAUCUGAAGAAAGUUAUUUUCUGUUUCCUUCUGUGGACAUGAGGUAUUACAAUAACUUACUGAGUCAAAUUCCUGAGGAGUUCUUUUCUGUACCCUUAAUGCUGAGCUGCAUGUUGGAACAGGUUAUUGCAAGUGAAGAACACCUUACACCACCAAGUCUGGUAUCACCAGAGACUCAGGCAGAUGGGUUGCAUCGUGCCAUUGCAGAUCAUAUAAUCUCUGUCCUUCCUUCUCUUUCACUUCCUAUGAGUGAAAAAAAGAAUCUGUAUGACUACUUUUCUCCUAAAUACAGUGAACAAGAGACUGUCACCCCCCAGUACCCUCUCUUAUUUAACUACCAUGAUGCCCUGGCUCAGCGGUUGCACCUGCUGAAGGUCCAGGAGAACUUAAAUCCAGAAAAGAUUGAGCGUGAAAUGAUGGAUAAACUGCCUCUUACAGAACUUAUCCAUUUCACCCCUCCUUCAACUGAAAACAGCACUAAACGCUUGGCCAGAGCUCAUGAGCUCAUGCAUUAUUGUACUUCUGAACUUCUCAGUUGGGCUGAAGUAGAAAGAGCCUUCAGAGUGUUUACUUUUGAAAGCCUGAAGCUGACUGGGCUGAGUGAGUCUGGUUUCCUGGAGAGCUCUGGAUCUAGGGUUGGAGGUGAUGCUGAAGUGUCUUAUAUCCCUUGGGAUAAUCCAGACAUGUUUGCAAGACAGCUGAGACAAUUCUUCCUUAUGGAAAAGAAGCUUAAUGAGAAAUCUCCAAGAGGCUCUGGGUAUACAGAAACAAGUGAUGAAGAUGAAGGAGAUGGUGUGGUUGGUCCUCUUUUGAACGUAGAAUUGGAUCUUCUUUAUUCUGAUAUGGUGAGUCUGGAAAAUUAUGGCUUAAUACCAAGUUUAGAAGAAAUAAAAAAGACACAGAGGCGUUGCUUGACAGACUGGAGUUUGGAAGAGCAUUUUCAACCACAUGUUCUUUGUCAGGUUCUUCAUACCGCAUCCCAAGAAUAUAGAUGUAUUGAUACCUUUUAUCAUACCCAAGAUAACUCUUUACUAAUGGUUUUUCACAAUCCUAUGAAUCAACGUCUUCUGUGCCAAGAGACUUGGAAUAUUGCUCUGCACUCUAAUGUUGGAUUCAGGAACUAUCUUGAACUGGUGGCCAACUCAAUUGAAGACUGGGUGAAAGAGGAAGAAGCUAAAUACCAAAAAGAGAAGAUGGGUGACAAGUCCGAACCUGAGAAUGUAACAGAGUCCCAAUCCAAGAAUGAAGAAAGUAUCGUUAUCAGAGAAGAUUCUCUAAAGGCUUGGAAGAUGGAGCAGGACCGAUUACGAGAGGAACAAAAAAAAGAAAAGGAAGAAAAACAAGAAAAUGAAGCAAAAUUGCAAAGUAAAAAGAAAGAACAGGAUAGAGAUUAUAAAGAAUGUAGAGAAUCAAACAGGAAACCUUCUGAAGAGAAGUCUCAAAAUGAGUUAGCAAAAGCCCCUGAACUUGAGGAGGAUCACAGCAUUUCAGAACCAUGUUCUGAAGAAGUUUAUAAGUUUCAUGGCUACAAUAUGGGGGAGGAUAUCAUUCAAGUAUCAGGAACCAAUCAAUAUCUUUUCCCAUCCGAUGGAGGACAGAUUCAAGUAGAGAAGACAGAGUUUGUAAAAAAAACUUUUAUAAAGGUGAAAGUGAUGAAAGACAGUCACAAUUUCUUCAUUCAUGUCACAGACCCCAAGGAAAACUUCAAAGAAGCUGAAGAGCAAGAAAUUAAUGAAGAACAGCAAAUUAGAUCAGGAGAAUUGAAAAAUCAAAAGAAAGCUGUGAGCAAGUUUGGAUCUUUUUCAGCCACCUUGGAAAAUGGAAUCCAGCUGUCCUUGAGCUACUAUGGACCUACAGGGGAGGCAGCAGAUGAUGAAACACGUCUUGUCUUAGCAAGAAUUCUGAACAUCCCUUCUGUUCAUCUUCCGACCGUAAUUCCGACAACAGUUGUUCCUACUACACCAGUUCCUGGGAAAAAAGAUAAGUCUGACACAAAAAAAUUGGGAAAAGCUUCUGGCAAAGGAAACCGUGGCAAAUUAGCCACUUCAUCACCUGAUGACCUGGUACAGCAAGAAGAAGAAAAGAUGGAAAUGGAAGAACCAGUUCCCCAAACACAAGAGAUGUCAGAUGCUCCUACUUUUCCGAGUUUGAAUGUCUCCUGUCCCAAUGGACUUGUAUUAACUUUCCUUGGUGAAAGAUUUCAAGAUUUGAAAGGUGAAGCCACUGCCACAGAAGGAGAGAAAGAGAUGGUAGAAGAAAGUGAGGUUAUGCAAAGUGGAGAGGAGGAAGAGGUUAUAAAAAGUGGAGAGGAGGUUACAGAAGGUGAAAUAAAGCAUGAAGAAACCAAAAGUGAACAGGCUGAGCAGCCUACUCUGAAAAUUCUGGUUAGACAGAGUUAUCCCCAAAAGGUAAAGAACUCUCAUCUUAAUUCACCUCCAGCGAGGCAAACAGAACAAGAAGUGUCAAGAGUCAUCACUAGUCAUGGAACUGUCAUAAAAUACCUAAUGGAUGGAUCUACACAGAUUCUGUUUGCUGAUGGCACAGUGAGUAGGAGCCCUGAUUCUGGUCCUGUCCUAUCACCAUCUACAAUUCCAGGUAAAAUUCAACGCUUAUCAGAGCCAGAGCUUUUACCUAAGACCAGCACUAAGAAAGGAAAAGGCAGUGACAAGAACGUUCCAUUAUACUCACCCAAGGUUGAAGAGUUUGAAAAGGCCAGUUCUAUGCAACCUAAGGCAGGAACCUGGAUAACAACAACUCCAUUAGGCAUUCAAGUGGGAACAGAGGGUGCAACAAAAAUGGAUCUGAAGCCACUCUUAAUGUAUCAGGCCACAAACCCACCUGAUGGAACGAUUAUGACUGUACGAGAAGAUGAAGUGAUAAUUGUUGAGAAGCCGGGUGGUAACAGAGUAGUAGAGCAUGCUGAUGGUACCAGGAUCACAACUUUUUAUGAAAAAUGUGAAGGCCUUUCUGUACCAGAGGGUAGUGUGGAAACAGAUGAACCCUCAGAAGCCAUCACAAAGAAGCUAAAAGGUACACGAGUAGAGAAUCCUGAGUUUGCUACUGUUAUAACUAAUUGUGAGGAUGGUAGCUGUUGUACUAUCUUUGGAGAUGGGACAUCUAUUCUAGCAAAGCCACAAGGAACAUAUCAGGUUUUACCCAGCAAGGGAGGCUUUCUUUUCUUUGAUGAAGAUUGCUCAGCAGUUUAUAGCCAUGAAGUUUAUGAUUUCAAUAGCAAGGAAGAAGAGAAACAAGCAGGGAGAUAUAUUAUGAAGCACACUUCCAGCACUAUUUGUGAGAUGAUGGAUCCUAAAGGAAAUACUUUCAAGGUCCUGGCUGAUGGCAGCACAGAUGUGUGCAUUCCCAGCAUUGGCUCUGAUGACAAGGAGGACACAAGUUCAGCAGCAGAUGAGGUUAACAAACCUAUCACUUACGAUGAGCAUGCCCCCAGGUUUUUCAUCAUCUCUGCAGAUGGUUCUGGAACGGAGCUCCUGCGAAAAAAAAAAGAUGUCCACAAGUAUGUGGCUGAGGCCUGCAGUGAUCCUGCCACUGUAGUCUUGCAGGAUCCUGUACAAGAGCAACCAGGUAUUUUGAGUAUUACUAUCCUCCAUCCUAUGGCUGAAGCAUCCCCCUGGGUAAUGAAGAAAGAACCAGAGAGUAUUAUUCCUCCAUAUCUUCAAUCAGAGAUUCAGGAUGAAACUUCUCCUCCUGAGGAGAAGAUCACAAGUGCCCCAGCUGGAAGGUCUGUUUGGAAGGGUCUCAGCAUUGGAUCAGCACAUUUGUCCAUGCCAAGCCCUGUGCGAAAAUGUCCCAAAAAGCUGCAAAUCCGCCAGCUAUUCCAGUAUAAGCCACUCUGUGAUGAACUAAGAGAAAAACUGCAGCUUUCCCUCAAGGAAUAUAUAGACAACAUCUUAAAGCGGGAAAAUGAGCUGGAAGAAAUGAAUGUGAAAGAACCAAGAACAGAAGAGGAAAAGGAGAAUGCUGCAAGUCUCCUUGAACUGAUUACAUCCUUCCCUGACUGGCAGAAGUCAGCUGAAAAGCUCAGCAAUAGAGCCCAUGUGAGUGAGCUGUAUGAAGAGGCAGUGGCUCCUCCUGCCCAGGGUCACACAGAGAAGACAAGCACUGCACAAAAAGAGGACCAGCAGCAGAGUCCAGAAGAAGUAACAUCCAAGUGGCAAAGCAAACUAGAACAGAACAGGAAAGAAUUGGAUGAACAGAAGACUACAUUUAUGGCAAUAAAAAACAGAAUAUUUGCUCCAUAUUUUGAAUCUGAAUUCAGCAAAGGCUUUUUCCAAGAAAAGUUUCCUGAUUUGGAAGCAAUGUCUAAGGAACUUCCUCCACUUCAAAAAGAAGAAAGUGUGACUUUCCCUCUGUGGAUGUUAAGAGAACCCAGUGGAGCGGCUGAAUUUGAUACCACAAGUGAUUCGUCACUUUCGUCUGGCCUUCCACUGCAGGAUCCUUCCAAACAAGAUGAUGGUUCCAGCACCACAACAGACCUAAACACUGCAGAAAGAGCAGAAGAGACUCCCUUUCAACAUAAAGUUCCAAGUCUGAUGGUGGAUGUUACAGGACAGACAAGAAAAAAUAAAGUAAUAUUACCAUCAUACCUUCAGGAGAAAAAACCAAACACCAUACCAAAUGAAAAGAUAGAAGAUCCUGCCUCAGGAAAGCUCAGCACAUCAUCUCUUGCAACAAGACAGGAUCUUACCGGCUUCCAUCUCAUCCCACCCAGGGUGACAUUUGGAGUGCUAAAAGAAGGCUGCACCUAUGCAACUACUGUAAUCAUGAAGAAUGUUGGUGUGAACUUUUCAAGGUUUCGGGUGAAGCAGCCACCUCCACACACAGGACUGAGAGUGAUGUACACACCAGGACCUGUGGCAGCAGGCUUGCAGGCUGAACUGGAGAUAGAGAUUUUUGCCAUGCUAAUUGGAGGGAAAGACACUGGUGGCCUUGAAGAAGUUUCCCAUAAUAUUGAAAUAUUAACAGAAACUGAAACUCUUCUCCUGCCUGUGAAAGCAACUGUGUUAUCCAGUGACAUUUAUGAGUGUCGCCCAGAAGGAUACCCCCAAGGAGGGAUGGCAGCAGCAGUCCAGGCAGUUCCUACAAAUCCCAAGCCACGGUUACGGAUUACACUCCCACGAAAGCCUUGCAGUUAGUGUGAGUACUGGAUGCAGUGACACCAGCUGUAAAUUAAAGUAUAGUUGUUUUACCUACUCUUCACCUCAUCAGCAGCAUCCUGAACAAAGUUCAUGCAAAUGAUGCACCUAUCACACUGACUUGGUAACUGUGACAAGAAAAGGGAAGCACUGGAUGAGAUUAACCAAAGCACUCAUUACAAGGGAACUGCUGGUCAUUACAAUUGCUCAGCAGAGGCACCCACAGCAGUGCCUCCUCAGUCCUGUCCCAAAUCCUUCAUUUACUGUCUCCACAUUAAACAAGUCCUUGAGCCUCCUGGCAGCUGGAUUUACUACAGUUAAGCCCUAAUAAAUCAGCCUCUCUUCUUUAACAUCUUUCACUUUCUAAAACCAUGUCUUAUUGGUGACCUGUUGACACUGACAGCAAGUGUAUUAAGGGACAGGAGUCCUACAGGUAGGGCAGCCUCAGUGACAAGUUCAAAUACACACCACCCUCUGCACACACAGCACCUUUCUGCAGCCCUACAGAAUCAGUCUAUAUGAAGAAUCACAGAACAUCCUUAGUUAGAAGGGAUUCACAAGGAUCACAUCCAGCUCCUGGCCCUGCACAGAAUAUCCCAAGUCACACCAUGUGCCUGAGAAUAUUGUUCAAACACUUCCUGAACUCUGUCAGGCUUGGUGCUCUGACUACUUCUGUAGGAAGCCUGUUGCAGUGUCCAACCAUCCUCUGGGUGAGGAACCUUUUCCUGAUAUCUCACCUAACUCUUCCCUGACACAGUUUCAGACCAUUGCCUUGGGUUCUGUCACUGGUCAGCAGAGAGAUCAGUGCCUGCCCCUCCUCUUCCUCUCAUGAAGAUGGUGAAGACUGCAAUGAGGUCUCCCCUCAGUCUCCUCCAGGCUGAACAGACUGCAUGACCUCAGCCACUCCUCACAAGGCUUUCCCUCAAGGCCCUUCACUAUCCUUGUAGCCCUCCUUUGGAUGCUUUCUAGAAGUGUCUUAGAAUGGUUAAGUCUUCCCUGACAACAAGAAAUAUUGGGAAUUUCUCACUAACUACCAGCCAACAUGUUUAAUAUUAGGCUAGUGUUCACCUCACCCCCAUGAGCUCAGGCACUCUACAGUACAAUUGAUGGUGACAGUUCAUAAACAGGAACCCUGUUACAGAUGUCUCUCCUUAGCUCAAAGUCCCUGAUUGCUUCAUAUGUGUAACACUGACAUGAUCUUUCUCUUUCAACUUAAGCAUCUGUAAGCCUGCCAUAUUAUCUAACCAAUCAGCAAAGAAAUUCCAGCUGUAUGUCAUUUCCUCUCCUCUAGAGAAAAACGAAAGUGACCACAUCAGUCUGUUCUGAAAAACUUCACAAACAUGUAACUCUGACUGCUGCAUCUGCUCUAGGACUGCCCAGUAUACAUCAACUAUAGCUUAUUUUCCUGUUUAAAUAUCUCCUUACCUUUUCCAGUGGGGGAUUUUACCCCCAGAGUAACACACAAUUACAGUCUAGAAAAAUAACCGAUUUAAUGCCUUCCACAUCAGGAUUUACUACCUGGAGCUCAUUACGAAGGCAGUUUAGACAAACUUCUCUCACUUCGUAUUGAAACAAAAGAGAAAUACUCAC